UUGUCACUCCCAAUGUUCAAUUGAAGAAGAUAAGACCAGGAUCGUCACAUAAAUGUCGCUGUAAUCUACUGUUUUUGUUGGUAUACUUCACAAAAUUCAUAAUUUAAGGUACUUAGAAAAGCAGUAGAAGAUGGCAAGUGUGUUGUCGUGGCAGGUCGUUGCUGUGGCGAUGGUGUUGAUAGUUCAGUGGUUUGCAGAAGGGUACCCGGAAGAAGAUUUUGUGGUGAGGCUGCCAGGUCAACCAAAAGUUGGGUUCAGACAAUAUGCAGGUUAUGUUGAUGUAGAUGUGAAAGCUGGUCGGAGUCUCUUCUAUUACUAUGUAGAGGCUGUGAAACAACCUGAUACUAAACCAUUAACGCUUUGGCUCAAUGGAGGUCCAGGUUGUUCUUCAAUUGGUGGAGGAGCUUUCACUGAGUUAGGUCCAUUUUAUCCCACAGGUGAUGGUCGUGGUCUCCGCGUCAACUCCAUGUCUUGGAACAAAGCCUCGAACUUGCUGUUUGUGGAGUCACCGGCUGGAGUGGGAUGGUCUUACUCCAACCGAAGCACUGACUACAACACCGGGGACAAAACUACUGCUAGCGAUAUGGUCAUGUUCUUGUUGAGAUGGUUUGACAAGUUCCCAAAGUUGAAGUCUCGUGACCUCUUUCUCACUGGCGAAAGCUAUGCAGGACAUUACAUACCUCAAUUGGCUGAUGCAAUUCUCAGCUACAAUUCACGCUCCAGUGGGUUCAAAUUCAACAUCAAAGGCGUUGCUAUUGGCAAUCCACUUCUGAGGCUUGACAAGGACAGUCCAGCUACAUACGAGUUCUUCUGGUCUCAUGGAAUGAUCUCUGAUGAACUCAAACUCAUAAUCACAAGCCAAUGUGACUUUGAUGAUUACACAUUUGCCAGCCCCCAUAACGUAAGCACAGCCUGCAAUAAGGCUAUCAGUGAAACCGAAACCAUCAUCACUGAAUACGUCAACAACUAUGAUGUUCUCCUCGAUGUAUGCUAUCCUUCUAUCGUCCAGCAAGAGCUGAAGCUAAAGAAAAUGGCAACUAAGAUGAGCUUGGGAGUGGAUGUUUGUAUGAGCUACGAAAGAAGGUUCUAUUUUAACCUUCCAGAGGUACAGAUAGCGCUUCACGCGAACCGUACUCACCUACCUUAUGAUUGGUCAAUGUGCAGCAGCUUGUUAAACUACUCUGACACCGAUGGGAACAUUGACAUGCUUCCGAUUCUAAAGAGAAUUAUACAUAAUAAAAUUCCUGUUUGGAUCUUCAGUGGAGAUCAAGAUUCUGUUGUUCCAUUCCUUGGUUCAAGAACUCUCGUAAGAGAACUUGCUCAAGAUCUCAACUUCAAGACCACUGUUCCCUAUGGAGCCUGGUUCCACAAAAAACAGGUUGGAGGCUGGGCCAUCGAGUAUGGAAAGCUACUGACGUUUGCAACAGUGAGAGGAGCGGCUCAUAUGGUGCCCUAUGCGCAGCCCUCUCGAGCUCUACAUUUGUUCAGUAGCUUUGUGAAUGGCCGGAGAUUACCCAACCAAACACAUUCUUCUACUGAUGAAUGAAAGAACAGAGAUAUCUUUUGUAAGACAAUGUAUGUUUGUAUUUAAUUCAUCUUUCUCAGGCCUUAGAUGGAGUAGAGAUAGAAACACAUAAGGGCUUGUGUUGUGGUGUGGUUAGAUCCUCAAGUGCAGUUUGUUUUAGCUAUCUUAACAUUCAUUUGAUAAUUAGGAACAUAACUCAAUCCCUUGAUAAUGAUAAAUUAAUAUGUGAUGACAACAUUUUCAUGAUGUA